AUGGGAAUUCCUUAACCAAAACAAACUCAAUCCUAACUCUUUGAAGAAACCUUGAAAUAAUUUGACAUAAUAGAUAAAUAAUCAACCUACAUGUUAUUCUAAAACAAAACUACGAUGUAAAAAUUAGAAUUUUGGACUUUCAAAUAUCAUGAUGAAGAUUCAUUCAAAAGAGCAAUAAAAGAUUUGACUCAAUCUAAAACUUGUCAAACUCUUCUUUAAAUUGUUAAACACAAUACUGUGACUCAUGAUGAAUUCUGUUCUACUUUCUAUGAACUUCAACUGCUUGCUGAACAUCCAAUAUAAAGCUUUGCAGAGUAUCUUCAAAAUAGAGGUUAUCAAGAUUAUUCUUCUAAAGAGCUAUAUCAUCUUAUAGAUUGUGUAGUAUUUGCGUAAUUAAACCUUGAAAAAAAACAAUUUAUAGGAUUUAAUAAUUUAUGGUAAGGUGAAAAUGAUGUUUGGAAAUUAAGAAGUUUUGAUAAUUCUUAUCGUCCAAUAGAUUUUUGGGGAAAAUAAAUUCCUCAUCUAUAUCCAGCACCCGAAGAAUUGAAAUUAGAUCUAUCUCUUAAAUAUUCAAUUGAGAAAGCAACUAUAUUCACAUUUGGAAUGCUUCUUCUCCAUGUUGCAUUGGGUAUUUGAUUAAUUUUAUAAAGCAUAGCUAAAUCUUGUGAUUCUCUUUAUUAGAAUAAUAAUAUUGAUUAAUAGAAAAUAACAAAUAGAAUUGGUGAAUUAUAUAAAAUAUAUCCUAGCACUUUGGCAGAUAUUAUUUCAAAUAUGGUUUAAGUAGAUCCUCUAUAGAGAUAUAAUUACUAAGAUAUUUAAAAUAAACUAAAAGAAACUUAAUAAUGUAAAAUCACUGAUAGUACUAAUCUAUUAUUAAAAAUACCUUAACAAAUUAAUAGUUAAUCUAAAUUCUUAGGUAAUCCUUAUAAAUCUCCUACAGAAACAUCAAGAUUAAUUAAUAUUCCAUUAUAUCCAGAAUAACAAUUCAUUAAUUCUUAAUCCAUACCUGGAAAUAAUAGUCUACAAAAUUAUGGUAAUUCAUUACAAUCUAAUAAUUAAUAAUUGAUAUAGACAAUCACAUAAUCUAAACAACAAUAAAUUGAUAAAUAACAACCUUAAUAAAUACAAUCUAACCUUUAACUUUCUCCUUAUAAUAGUAGAAUUAGAUAAGAUAAAUUAUAAUUUGCUGAUGGAAGAUACUAUGAAGGAGAAAUCAUGAAUGAGUAAAUGAAUGGUUAAGGAGUUCUUUAUUAUUCAGACUCUACUGUUGAAUAUAAUGGAUAAUUUUUAAAUGGAUAUUUUCAUGGUUUUGGAGUUCAUUAUAAUAAUAAACCAGAUAUUAUGGAUGCUUUUCUAAAUAUAAAUGAAUUCCCUGGAAUUUAGCAUUAUUGGGAAAAAUAUGAAGGAGAUUUCUAUUAAAAUAAGUAAUAAUUUAAAUAUAUCAAUUAUAGAAAACAUGGAAUAGGAAACAUUACAUUCUCAAAUGGAGAUUUUUAUAUUGGAGGAUUUUAAAAAGAUUAAAUGGAAGGAAGAGGUACUUAUACUUAAAAAUAUGGAUAAUCGUAUAUUGGAUUUUGGGAAAGCAAUAAACUAAAAUAUUGA